AUGUUCUUUGAAAUUAACCGAUUUCAUCUUUUUGUCUUGAUAACAUGGCAAUUCAGCAUAUUUUUUGGAUCACAGAUGAUCUUUUCUAUAUUUUCAAAUUAUACCCCACGAUGGAGAUGUGGUUCAAAAGGACCGUUUACUUUUGAUUGCUCGGUUUAUGCAAACUGUACCGACAUACAGUUUGAAGACCGAAUGCACGAAUCGGCAGUUUUGGAAUACAACAUGAUUUGUAAAAACAGUUGGAAAGCAUCGUUGUUUGAUCAAGUACAAUUUUUUGGUGUUCUUUUGGGCACACAAAUUUAUGGAGCUCUAUCGGAUACAUAUGGUCGUAAACCGUUUGCUAUUCUUGCGCUAGGGUCUGGAAUCUUAUUCACUUUUAUUUCAGGUCUGAUUCAAAAAUGGGAAUAUAUAGUUGCAUCACGUUUUGUUGUCGGCUUAGCUAUGGGUGGUACAGUUGUUGGAGUAUGUACAUUUGUUAUGGAGAUGUUAUUGCCAAAACAACGGAUGGCUUUACGAGCAUUUUUCAACUGGGGUGUUGCUCGCCUCUUGAUGACAUUAAUAUGCUGGGCAUUUCCGGACUGGCGAACCUCAACAUAUGUUAACGCUGCUGCUGCACUUCCUGCCUUCUUAAUUGUAGUAUUCAUAUUACCUGAGAGUCCGACAUGGUUGUUAAGUAAGGGCCGUCUAAGCGAUAUUGAAAAAAGUGAUAAAAAGAUUGCUAAGGUUGCUGGAAUACCAUAUGUAAAAAAAGAGCGUAAAAUACCGGAGAAAAGUAGGCGACUUUUGGAUGUUAUCAGGAUUCCGGAAUAUCGUAAACGACUGCUGGUAUUAUGGAUGAUGUGGUUUACAGCAGCACUGUGCGGUUAUGGAACAGAUUUGAUUUCAAAUCGUAUCACCGGACAUCUGUAUAUUAAUCAAGUUAUAUUCUCAGUUGUUAUUGCUGUUUCAAAGAUUAUCCUUGUAACUUACGACACAUUGAAUGAAAAGUUCAAUCGACGUAAACUGCAUCAGUAUUCUCAAGCAUUCUGUUGUCUAUUCUUCUUCUUGACUGGUGUUUUGCUCAUUCUUGGUUACGAGGGUGCACCGAUUAUUGUCUGCAGUGCACUUGGUACAGUGUUCAAUGAGUACACCUGGGAUGCCUGCUACCUCUGUGCUGUAGAAACAAUGCCAACAAGUAUGCGAGCGUCUUCCUUAGGAUCCUGCUCAUUUAUCGCUCGAUUUGGAUCGCUAUGUUCACCAUUUCUCUCAUACAUGACGUCAAUAUGGAGACCGGCAACCUACUUGGUUGUGGUUGUGUUAGGUAUCAUAAACCUGAUAGUCUCUUGCUUGUUUCUUGUUGAAACAAAGAACGUUAAUUUGGAAGAAGUCGGAGAGACAAGACGGACACAGAACGAACAAGAAAUGACACAAAUGAUUGACGACGGUAACACGACAAGCUAG